AUGAACCAUUCACAGACGAGUUAUAUGCUUACAGAAGAAUUUGUGAAGGCAUUCAUUGCAGAAACAGAUAACAUUGAUCGAGAUUUCAAUGGUAAAACACUCGCAAGAAUUUGUGUUGAAAAUGGAAGGCUUGAUUUAUUAAAACCUCUGAUAGAUAAUGGAUGCAAACCAGAUUUUUUGAUACGUGCUGCAGUUAGAAGUCAUCAAUUUGAAAUUAUGAAGUAUUUAAUCGAAAAAGGCUUUAAUGUUAACGAAACAACUGCAAUGACAGCUUCUGCAUUAUAUGCAGCAGUUACAGAAAAUCUUCCCGAGUAUGGAAAAGAGCUUUUAGACAAUGGAGCCGAUCCAACCGUGACAUUUAAAGAUCAAGCCUUAUUAUCAUACGCUGCGAGAAAUCUAUCACCACAAUUCUUCAGAAUGCUCAUUGAAAAAGGUGCCCCUAUAUCCGCACUUCCUCCAGCUUUACCUCCUUUAAUAACGGCUUUAAAGAAACAGCAAAUGAACAUUGUUGCGAUACUUUUAUCACUCGGAGCCGAUCCAGAUUCGUAUUACCAGUCUCAUGACAACAAAGCUGUUUUGUAUCCUUUAGAUUUAGCGUUCAGAAAUAAAUCAUCAUCCGCAAUGACGAUGCUUCUUAUGACAGGAGCGAGGAAACACAACAUUAAUAUCGAUGAACUAGAAGACGAUAUGAAAAAACAACUCGAAGAAUGUUCUAACCCAAUUCCAUGCAGAGAUCCACAAAUUCAACGCGAUAUUAGAUUACUAAUAAGCCAGUUCAAGCCAUUGGAAAGCUUAAUUCAUACUCUUGCCGGUGAAAUUUCGCAAGUUCAAGAUACCAAACGAAUUACGAUUGCUCCUUUGCUUUCAAGUAUCAGAAAUGUAUUCGAAAGGCUCACUGAUUUUAUACCACGCGUAUUACAAAUGUCUAAAACGAUUGAUGACAAAAGAUUACCAAUUCUUAAGAAACAAUUCUUAAUUUUUGAACAGGAUGAUAGAAAGAAGCUUACACCUGUUGUUGUUAGUGACAAUGACAAGUGGAGAUCCCUGUUUUCAAGAACAAUUGAACUCAUGAACAGAAAUAAGAGUCGUGGAGCACUUCAAAAGAAUGCAUUCAUCGAUUAUUGUAAUACAGAACUCAGAAAACGUGCUGAGAAGUUCGCUGAUCAGCAAUCUUCUGUAUUAAUUUUUAAUGAUGAAGUUGCAAUGGCAGAUCAAAAUGAAAUGUAUGAAAAUAAGGAAGCCCUUGCAUUUUACGCUGAUAUCUUGAAACAAUUUAAAUCACUUCUCAAAAUGAUCCAUGAUUCUUUGAUUUCUAUCCAACAGACAUCCGAAACGUUCUUUUCCAUGGCCAUAGAACAUGUCGAUGAAGAAGAAAAACGUUUGGAAAUGCUCAGUAGUUCAGAAACAAUGUUUUACAGAGCAGGACUUUCUGUUGUCAUGAUUCAAGAGAUCCAGGACUCAAUUCAACCAAAGAAAGAACUUGUUAGACAGACAAAGUUGAUUCUUGUCAAUAAUAAGCAAAUGACAGAAAAUUGUUCUAAUCUCCUCAGAAAAUGCAUUCGUCAAUGCGUGAAAUAA